ACCUGGACGAGACGAUUCACAGCAAGAUGGCAGCCUCCACGAGUUUGCGGGUUCCGGUUCAAAUUCUAUACAGACAGAUGAAAAACUUCCAUCUGAGGGGUGUGAAUAAAGUGAAACUCUCAUUUGACCCCUUCCACGAGAGUGUCAACUCAGUUCGGCAAAUGGUGUUCCUGAUGAGUGCUGAUCGUGUACAGAUGUCGAAUGACAACUGCAAAAUCAAGACGGAAAUCCUCUCCAAUAUGUCAGAGCCACAGAUUGAUGUCGAUUUCACUGAUGGAAGGAAGGCAAUAAUCAAGACGGCAAAUUUAAGUACCCUAGAAAUUCUGGACUAUUUUGAUACGAUUACUAAGGAAAUCGAGGACGCAGGGGAGCAAGCAAAACAAUAGACAAUUCGGAUUUCAUGGCUUGUGACUGGCUGCAGUGCCUUCUGUCGUGUUUGAUUUUGUGGAUACUUCCUCUGGGAGGGGUGUGAAUUUCAAGUCAUUUUCUCAGUCACAACGGCUCCUGACUGGUUUGACAGUCUGUCUCCUAUAUAUGCAGAAUUUUCAGCCUUCGGAUCAUGUUUGAAAGUGUUUGAUAGAGUUAAGUUUUAUAAUAAA